GCCUACAAAAGUUCCAUGGCAAAAAAGAGAAAAGCUGAGGAACAGAUUUUGGGAGUUCCAGUCAACAAACGAAAGUCUCUGUUAAUGAAACCUCGUCACUACAGUCCCUGUGUGGAAGGCAAAAGUGAAAAUGAAGACAGUAUAGAACAGCAAGAUGACAAGAGUAUCAUCAAAGCAGUUGAUAAUACUUUGAAAGAAGAAAGAAUUACAACACCAACCAAUGCUAGUCCUAAUUUGGAUGUACAUGAAAAUGUGCAUCAAAAGAAGGACAAUUACACUAGCUACCAGGACCUCAUGUCCAGAUCUUUAAUUAGCUUUGAAAAAAUAGCAAAAGAUGCACCAAAUCACCAAGAGUGUGAUAAACUAAAGGACAAUGGCAGCCAGUCCUUAAAAAUCAAGAACAACAAUGUUGAUGAAUGUCUCAUGAUUAACUCAUCAGCAGGAAACGAUAGAAUUGGUGCUUCUGAUUCACAGUACUGUUCCUCUGGGGAUAAUGAAAGCAGUUCUGAAAUUCUGGACAAUGACUGGGAUAGUUCCUCAAACUUCUCUGAAGAUACAAGUAUAAAACUUCCUUUAAAUAAAGAAUAUAUUGUAGGAUGUACACAGCAAGAUACCCUAAAAGCACCAGGAAUCAAAAGUGAAGGAACAGAUUUUGAGAACUCUGAAAUGGUUUGUGACUCAGAAAUAGGGCUGCAAGAAUCACAAGAGUCCCACGAUGAGACGUUCAACAGCAGAAUUCAGAAUCCAUUUCCAGACAGCGAGGAAGAUGAGUGCCUGUCAGAAAACACAGAACUGUCAUUUGAUCUAGACAAAACAAAACAAAACCUGAGUUUGUUAGAACAAGCAAUAGCUCUGCAGGCAGAGCAAGGUCACAUCUUUCAUAGCACUUACAAGGAGCUGGACAGGUUCCUAUUGGAGCAUGUUGCUGGUGAAAGAAGACAAGCCAAAUUAAUUGACCUUGGUGGUAGACCAAUUUAUAACAACAAACACUUGCCUAGGCCUGAAAAGAGGGAGACUAAAUGUCCCAUCCCAGGAUGUGAUGGCACAGGACAUGUAACUGGAUUGUAUCCACACCAUCGUAGUCUUUCUGGCUGUCCACAUAAAGUGAGAGUGCCACUUGAAAUCCUUGCCAUGCAUGAAAAUGUUUUGAAGUGUCCCACUCCUGGAUGUACAGGAAGAGGGCAUGUCAAUAGCAACCGCAACACUCACAGAAGUCUUUCUGGUUGUCCAAUUGCUGCAGCUGAAAAAAUGGCAAUGUCUCAGGAAAAAAAUCAGCUUGAUUCUCCUAAAAUGGGGCAGUGCCAGGAUCAAGUUCACAGGACAAACUUAAUGAAGCAGCUUGAGUUAUCUCAGUACAGCUGCAGAUCUGCCCAACCAGUUCCUUCCCCCAGAGCCACUCUUACAAGAGAGAAAGAGAAGUGCGGGAAAGUACCAUUUGACUAUGCCAGCUUUGAUGCCCAAGUUUUUGGCAAACGCACAAUGGUGCCAACUGUUCAAGGACAAAAACCCACACAAUUCCUUGAGUCAAAGCAUUUUUCAAAUCCAGGAAAAUUUUCUAAUCGGCUGCCUAGUGCUAGCGCCCACACACAGAGCCCUUGCCAUGCCAACUCUUAUGGCUACGGUCAAUGUAGUGAAGACACCCACAUAGCAGCAGCUGCUGCAAUCCUGAACCUUUCCACCCACUGCAGGGAAGCAGCAGAGAUCCUCUCCAACAAACCACAGAGUCUGUCUGCCAAGGGGACUGAUAUCGAAGUGGAUGAAAAUGGCACCCUGGAUUUGAGCAUGAAAAAGAACCGAAACCAAGAACAGGUUACUCAUCUAAAUCCUUCCAGUGCAACAGUCCCCACUCCUUCCUCUUCUCCCUUCAAAACAGGCAACAUUCUGGUAAAUACCACCUUCUACCAGACUUUGUGUGAGAAGGAAGGCUGGGAUAUUCCCAUCAACUAUAGCAAGACCCAAGGGAGAAAAGAGGAGGAAAAAGAGAAAGAUCUGGCGAAUUGUCCUGAAAGUCUGGAGGAAAAAAAAUACUCAGGAGAUGUCCCUGUCCCUAGCCCCAAACUGAAGCUCCAUUCAAGAGAUCUCAAAAAAGAAUUAAUCACGUGUCCAACACCAGGAUGUGAUGGCAGUGGUCAUGUGACAGGAAAUUAUGCUUCACAUCGCAGUGUUUCUGGCUGCCCAUUAGCUGACAAGACACUAAAAUCCUUGAUGGCUGCCAACUCUCAAGAGCUUAAGUGUCCUACGCCUGGAUGUGAUGGCUCUGGUCAUGUGACUGGAAACUAUGCAUCACAUAGAAGCUUGUCUGGUUGUCCUCGGGCAAGAAAAGGUGGUCUCAAAGUGACUCCUACUAAGGAAGAAAAAGAAGACCCUGAACUUAAAUGUCCGGUGGUAGGCUGUGAUGGCCAAGGUCACAUAUCAGGUAAAUACACUUCUCAUCGCACUGCUUCGGGUUGUCCUUUGGCUGCCAAGAGACAGAAGGAAAGUCCUCUCAAUGGGUCUUCACUGCCCUGGAAAAUGAACAAGCAAGAGCUGCCACACUGUCCUUUGCCAGGCUGCAACGGGCUGGGUCAUGUUAAUAACGUUUUUGUCACCCACAGAAGUUUGUCAGGAUGUCCUCUAAAUGCACAAGCCUUAAAGAAGGGCAAAAUAUCUGAAGAACUAAUGACCAUCAAGUUGAAAGCAAGUGGCGGUUUAGAAAAUGAAGAAGAAAUUAGACAUUUGGAUGAAGAAAUAAAAGAGCUGAAUGAAUCUAACCUUAAAAUUGAAGCUGACAUGAUGAAACUUCAGACACAGAUAACAUCUAUGGAAAGCAAUCUGAAAACAAUAGAAGAAGAGAACAAACUUAUAGAGCAGAACAACGAGAGCCUGCUAAAGGAGUUGGCUGGCCUAAGCCAAGCCCUCAUCUCCAGUCUUGCAGACAUUCAGCUUCCACAAAUGGGCCCAAUCAGCGAGCAGAAUUUUGAAGCGUAUGUAAAUACACUCACCGACAUGUACGGCAAUCUGGAGCGGGACUAUUCCCCAGACUGCAAGGCUCUGCUGGAAAGUAUCAAACAGGCAGUGAAGGGUAUUCACGUGUAGAAUGGGGAGGCUGCUGGGCAACAGGAGUUACUUAGCAGCAACAGGAUCCUGUCAAGAGUCCCCAGACUGCUCUGGAGCAUCGGUUGCUGUGCUGCAUUUACAACUACAACAUUGCACUAUUUUUUUCCAGCUGACAUAAAAGGACAGAAAACAUAACAGACUAUUGUAUUAACAGCAAUGAUUCUGAUCAUAGAAUAUAUUUAUUUCAAUACAAUUCCUUUUUGUUGUCGUUG